GGAAGAAAAGCAAUGCAGGAUUUGCCUCGAUGGCCCUGAUCCUGAAUUGGGUAAACUCAUACGACCGUGUCUCUGCAGCGGCUCGAUCUCGUACGUUCACCUGCGUUGUCUUCAGAGGUGGCGCAAUACCUCCCCGUCUUCCUCGGCCUUUUACACAUGUCCUCAGUGUCAUUACCGCUACCAUUUCGCCCGCACCAAGGUCGUUGGCCUUGCGACCAACCCCAUCGCAAUAGCUGCAUUAUCUACUGCGCUAUUCGUGGUCUUGGUCAUCCUCUCCUCUUUCAUCACAACCAUGUUCUUCUCCCCUACGGACGACACAUCGGCCCAAACAGGGUACCACAGCUACUGGUAUUCUUCGUGGGCAUACUCGUACGACGUUGGCGGUGAUCUCAUACGCACAGCACUCGGUAUCAUCCAAGAUGAGACUGGCGAUCUGUUCGACGCCGAUAAGCUGUUCUCUUCCAGCUCCUCUGCAGGCAUUCCAUUCCGACAGCCCCCACCACCUCCCGGCCUCAUCCGGCGACUCUUUCAGCGUUUCCUGCUCGGGCUGCCCGUCGUCGGCGUGGGCUCGCUCGUCCACAUGCUCUCCUGGACCAUGCUCACCCCUGUGCACUGGCUGGCCCGGUUCAGAGGCAGUCGAAAUAGGCGUGGAUCUGGAUCGCGGGAUACCGCGGCCAUCAUCCUAGUCCUGCUCAUCAUCGCUGGCGCCGCUAGGGCGCUGUACAAAGUAUAUCAAUUCACGGAGUCCGUGACGAAGCGCAUCUUACUUCGUGCAGAGGAAAUGAUCCUGGAGGUUGAUUCGUAACAUGUGUCAGGCUUUAUGCGAAAUUACCGUAGCCUUGUUCUUUCUCGUCUGUCCACUAUUUUAUUCAGGGAGUUUCAUCGACAUCAUUUGUUCUGCUAUGUAUUUGCUCUGUGUUGUAAAUCUUCA